AUGGAGAAAACAAAGGCCUAUAAAUGUUUAGGCACUGAAGAUCCAUUACCUGAUCUAAUUCAUCGUACUAAUAAAUACUUAUUAGAUUUAAGAUUAACCAAGUGGAUUACUCAAAAACAAUAUGAAAAACUUUGUAUUAAUCCAAAUGAAGUCGAACUUGCUCAUUUAUAUUAUUUACCUAAGGCACAUAAGCCUGGUACUCCUCUUCGUCCAAUUAUAUCUGGUCUUAAACAUCCUACAAUUAAAAUAUCAAAAUUUCUUGAUGAAUUACUUCGACCUUUAUUUGAUAAAAUGGCUUCAGAGACAACUGUAACUUCUGGUUUUGAAUUAGUUAAACAGUUGCAAAAAUGGUCUAAAGUUAACAUACGUCAAGAAACUUUAUUUUGUACAAUUGAUGUUGCAGACCUUUAUACAAUGGUGCCACAAACUGAAGGAGUACUUUCAUUAAAGAAAAUAUUAAGUCGAUUUGUUAUGCAAAGUAAUUAUUUUUCUUAUAAUGGCCAAUUUUAUCAUCAAAUUCGUGGAGGAGCUAUGGGUUCUCCUCGUACACUAACUGUUGCUAAUUGUUAUAUGUUCUUUUAUGAACAACAAAUUAUAAAACAAAUUAGCAAUAGUGGUGGAUUAUAUUUUAGAUAUAUGGAUAAUAUUUUUAUAGCAAUUAAUUGGCCUGUUCGGCAUCUAUUUAAACAAAUCGAUAAAUGGAAUCAUUUCGACGAAAAUAUAAAAUUAUCUGAAAAUAUAGGUUCAGCAGUUGAUUUUCUCGAUUUACAUAUAGAGAAUCAAGAUGGUCAAUUGUUUACUACAGUAUAUGUAAAGCCAUCUUAUGAACCAUAUUAUUUGCCAUUUAAUAGUAUUCAUCCGUUACAUAUGAAGAAAAAUAUCAUUUUUACUAUGGUAUUGCGUACAAUUAGAUAUUGCUCAACCUUUCAAGCAUAUCUAAAUGAACGUGAACAGUUACGGAUAGGACUAUUAUUAAAUAAAUAUCCGAAUAAAUUUAUUAAUGAACAAUUUCAAUAUAUAUUAUUAAAAUUCAAGAUUGAUCAGCUUCUAACAGUAAAUAAUUAUGAUAAUUAUCGUCAAAAAGUUAUAGACUCUCCAAUAAAAGAAAAAGUACCAAUUGAUUAUGGAAAGACAAUGUUUGUACAUUUUACAUAUUGUUCAAAUAUGAAAACAUUUCCAGGUAAAUUCCAUACAUUAUGGAAUAAAUAUUUUGGUGAGUCUCCAAUUAAUGAAGUCAUACCUGUUCUUGGUACACGCAAUAUGAUGAAACAACCAUUUCUUGAAUCACUUUCUGAAUGUAUAUCAUUUGAAGAUAAAUAUUCUGAUGUUAAACCUUAUUUUAUUCGAUCAGCAUUUAAACUUAAAGAAAAACAUUCUCCUUAA